AUGGAGCAAAGGGAAUCCCCGGAGACGGCGCUGGGCUGUAGACAUCUGGCAGCGGUGGGACUGGAGGACUGGCUGAGCUCUGCGAUGAUGGUGGUGGGGUUGGAGCUUUGCCAGGGUGGUGCUGGUGGACUUUCCCCGGGGGCAGGAGGUACAGGUGUUCUUACACCAGCUCAAGCUAAAGCAGCUAAAUAUGGUGCUGGUCCUGGUGUAACUGGUAUUGGUGGUGUACCUGGCACAGGUUUACUCUUUCCUGGGGUAGGAGGUACUGGUGCACUCACCCCUGCUCAGGCAAAAGCUGCUAAAUAUGGUGCAGGAGUGGUUCCUGGUGGUGCUGGGAUUGUGCCAGGAGCCGGAGGGGUCUACCCUGGAACAGGAGGUCUGACACCCGCUCAAGCCAAAGCAGCUAAAUAUGGUUUGGGUGGGGCUGGUGGAGCUGGUGUUGGGCCUGGUUUUGGAGGACUGUAUCCUGGAGCAGGAGUUGGUGGAAUAGCAGGGGGAGCUGGAGGAAUUCCUGGAGCAGUACCAGGGGCAGGAGUGUAUCCAGGUGGAGUGAAGCCUCCUAAAUAUGGAGGAGCAGGAGGUGUCGUCCCAGGCUACGGUUCUGUUACUGGGAUCGGAGGACUACCUGGAUCUGUGCCUGGGGCUGGAGGGCUAGGUGCUGGUGCCAAACCUCCUAAAUAUGGAGUACCUGGAGGAACAGGUUUCGGAGUCCCCGGAGGAGUCCCCGGAGGAGUACCAGGAGGAGUACCAGGUGUGGUCCCAGGAGGAGUACCAAUAACUGGAGCUGGAGGAUACCCUGCUGGUGCCAAGGCUCUUAAAUAUGGUUUGGGUGGUGGUGGUUUACCAGGAGGAACUGGAGUUGUGCCUGGACAGAGACCAGGUUUGGGUGGAGCCAUAGGUGGAGUUGGAACAGGAACUGGAUAUCCCAUUGGAGGGUAUGGAACCGGGGCAAAACCACCUAAAUACGGUGUUCCGGGUGGAGUACCUGGUGGAGUACCUGGUGGUGUACCUGGCGGUGUACCGGGUGGAGUACCUGGAGGGUACCCAGCAGGUGUUAAACCUCCAAAAUAUGGAGUUGCGGGAGGUGCAGGAACGGUACCUGGUGCAGGAACACCACUGACUGGGACAGGAUUGGCACCAGGAGCCGGGGUUGGAGGAUAUCCUAGUGGAGUCAAACCUCCUAAAACUGGCACAGGGAUCACUGGAACUGAUAUAGCAGGUCCUGGUGCUACACCUGGUGGUGAUUUGGUGGUCGUACCGGGUGGUACUGGGGUGCCCAUUGCUCCAAGUGGAAAACCAGCAAAGCUUCCAAUCCUGACUCCUGGAGGGACUGCUGUACCAGGACCGACGGCUAUUGUAGCAACUGGCAAGGCCCCUGAGCCCAGUGGUGUGCAAAGAGUGCCUGGCGCUGGUCUCUCUAAACCUGGAGCUGGUCCUGGUGGGGUUUAUCCCUAUGGCUAUGGCCCAUAUUAUGGAGGCACUGGACCAUCUGGAAUCGGAACUGGGGUGUUACCUGGAGCCAAGCCUCUGAAAGCCCCUGGUGUUGGAGGAGCAGGCACUGCUGCAGGUGUAGGUGGAGUUGGAGGGGCAGGAGGUGUUCCUGGACUCAUACCUGGAGCAGGUGGAGGGUUUCCAGCAGGUGUUGGACUGGGAGCUGGUGCUAAACCACCUAAACCAGGCUACGGUUCUUUGGGUACAGGAUAUGCUCAGCCAGGUGGUGCAGUUCCAGGAUAUGGAGGAUAUCCACAAGCAUAUCCAGGAGGAUAUGGAGCAGGACUUUCACCACAACAAGCCAAAGCAGCCAAAUAUGGAGGUGGACUGACGGGAUUCCUGGGAGGAGGUUAUCGAGGUGGAGCGGGCUGCCAAGGAAAAUACUGCGGGAGGAGAAGAAAGUAAACGAUCUCUUGAGAUGUGAAGUGACCUCAAGAAACAUGGUGCUACUGCAUGCUCUAGAAUGUACUUUUGAUACUCAAACAAACGAUCCCAUCAUGCACAAGUGUUAUGUUUUUAUAUUGAUAGUAAAUAUUUGUAACAAAUCCAAAUCCAGAUCCAUGAAACACCUAGUGUUUUGUGGCAUUAAUUCAAUCCUGAUUGUUUAUGGCACAUUCCAUCAUGUUACUGUUUCCUGUUGUAGGGUUGCAUAUAUAACCGGGUUCAUAAGCUGCCAAUGCUGUUGUGUAGCUAUAAACGUUUUAAGCACCGACCUUUUAGUUUUGGAGUUCUGAGACCACCCGAAGCUCUUUCGUUCAUUUGCAGUCAUGAUCUUGCUCUCUAGACUCUUAAAAUAAUGGCAUUUCUUGCCAACGUACAGUACUUAGUAUCUUGCCUGCCAUUUGGAGUAAGUGAAAGCAUUGAGCUCCAGGAGUCCUGUCAUACUGCUGAUUAAACUCUGGGUUGAAAUACUUCACAUCUGGCUGUGCUUCAGCUUAGCGGUUUGCUUGUUAUUUUUGACCCUUCACCAGCUUUCUGUGCAGAUGAGCCUUCCAACUACAGUCCUUUAUGGGUGAAUCCCUUCCAAAAAAGAAAUUAUACUUCGCAAAAAUUUUAGGAGCAUAUGACAAUUAAGCACAUUUUCCACCAAGAUCCUUAUUACAGUAAUGCGUUCAGAGCUUUUACUUUUGAGGGGUUGUUUUGUAAUUAUUUGUAAUCAUUAAUUAUGCUCAAUGGUAAUAUUAUAUUCUCAUUACUGUAAUACAAACAUUUUUAUUUAAUGCGACAUGUUCUUGACAUGUUUUGUGCGAUUCACCCCCUCUGGAUGAUUUAGGCUUUCAUGAAGCAUUAGUGAGUGUCUUUUGAUUUGAGACACCAUGUGUUUUUAUAAGUAGGCCAUAAUGUGCGUGCAAAUGCAUAUUAUAGGCUUUAAAUACAUAUUAUGCUAAGAGAGCUUUGUGGAUGGCUGAACGAACGUCAACUAACAGCGUGCGGCUCAAUCGCAACAUUCAUUCCUGCACACUGUGUGAAGUAUGAAGAGCUUUGCUCUGAUUAUGCUAAGAACAAGCAGAAGUGAACGACGGCUUGUGUCUAAUAUCAAUCACCUAUUUUGGUAUCUGUCCGGUGAAGGGAACAAACUGAAAGUAAACGUGUAAAAUAGUAAUCAUAAUUCUGACUUGUACAUUAUGUAUGUUUAAACCUGGAAGAUUAACAGAUGUGCUUAUGUUUUUCCCUGGACCCGGGGACUACAGGUGCUUCCAUCAUUUGACCAAGAAUGUGUUUCUUUAAUCAUUGUGUAUUCACAUAGAAUUAGUUUAAAUACAUAUAAAAUAUAUAUAUAAAUCAUAUGCUUACAGUAGAUUGGAUCAUUAUCAACAGGUUACUUUGUCUUAUGUUGUUUGUUUUGCACCAGUUGAACUUGACAUGUUGACCAGUUAUCAAGUUUGUACACAUCAUAUGACAAUAACUUUUUUUUUUUUUUGCUUUAAAUAGCUUAUGCAUUGUAGUCACUGUGGAACUUGCAAAACUGUGUGUGAUAUUUUAAGAUGUGAGUGUCUUUGUGUGUGUGUGUGUAGGUUAUGUAUGUAAAUCCCCCCAAAGUGUGUGCGUCUGUGUCCCAAAAGCCUCACUAGCCAAUGUAUUAUCAAACAUAUAAUGUGUCAAUUUUUGCUAUAUUUGGUUGAUACUGUUUUUCAAUCCAUCUGGAGAGACACUUUAUCAUGUAUUAAUAUACCUGGUGCUGUAUUUGACCUGCCUGUGAGCCCUACCAGGUCUUCUCUAUUGUGCCGUAGGAUUUCCAUCUUAUUUAAAUAAAGGGGCGGGGCUAUUGCACUUUUUCCACAACCUAUAUUCUGACUAGUUUCCGGAAAUCCCGGCAUUUUACCUGCUCUAGUGAAAAAUGAAAUAAAAUAUUUUAAAUAAAUAAAAAAACAA